AUGGAGCAGAAAGGAACCCGACGAAGACUGACCAUCCAUGAUGUUGGGACAGACGACGAUGGAGUGUAUCUCUGUGAGAUGCCAGAUGGAGGAAAGAGCAUUGCAGAGCUUUCAGUUAAAGGUACUAUUGUUCGUAAACUUCCCCGGAAGCUGGAGGUCCUGGAGGGUGAGAACGCUGUGUUCUGCGUGGAGGUGGAGAACGACGACAUGGAGAUCCACUGGUUCAAAGAUGGUUUGAAGCUACACGAGACUCACCAGACGAUCCUGAAAUCUUUUGGCAAAACCCACAUUCUGGUCUUUGUCAACGUGGCCUAUCAUGACUCAGGGGUAGUGACCUUUGUUGCAGGAAGAUCCAAGACCUCAUCACGUCUCAAGGUCAAAGCCACAAGACAUUGCCCUCCCAUCUGCCCCGUGGGCGUCAAAAUUGACGUGGAUCGACCCAACAGCGCCCUGCUCACCUGGGUUCCUGCCCCCAACAGUCAGACCUCCACCCGGUCCAUCUUUGUCGUUGAGAGACAGGAAGUGGGCUCCCAAGAGUGGCAGAAGUGUUUCACCUCGGAGAACGCCACUUCAGCUGAGGUCGGCAGCGACAGCGUGCCAUGUGAAGGCGACUACCGGUUCCGUGUCUGUUGCAUCAACAAGUAUGGGCGAAGUGGCCACGUGGAGUUUUCCAAAGCUGUCCAUCUGGCUGCUGUGAUAAAAUUCAGUCCUCUGUCAGAUAUGGACAGCAAUAAGAAGGUGGACAUUGGUGAUGCCAUUGUUCUCUACUGUGAAGUCUCCCACCCCCAUGCAAAAGUAUCCUGGUUUAAAGAUGGCGAGGAGCUCCAGGUGACCGAGGGCCUCAACAUCCAAUCAGAUGGGAACAUGAGGCGGAUUGUGAUUCAGUCAGCUGAUGCAUCUCACUCUGGAGUUUAUACAUGUGAAACUUCUGGAGAUGUCAUCAAAUUCAACGUGGACAUUGCAGGUCGUCCGGUGGAGUUCAGUCCAAUCCCAGAGGAGGAGCUCCAUAAGAGCAGCAUGGAGCUGGACCCCGUGGUGCUGCUCUGUCAUGUCUCCACAGAGGAUGCCGAAGUCAUCUGGUAUAAGGACGGCUGUGAGAUCCAGCCCAGUGACAACAUCACUCUGCAGGCAGAGGGAACCAUGAGGAGGCUGAUCAUCCGCUCUGCAGAAACCUCAGAUGCUGGCAGCUACACCUGCCAGGCAGGAAACAAUAGCGUGGAGUUUAUCGUCAAUGUCAGAGAGCCUCCAGUGAUGAUUGUGGAACCUAAGGAUGAUAUUGUGAUGGAGCGAUAUAUCUCAGAGGAGGUAGGCCUGCAGUGCGAAUUGUCUCGUUCCAGUGGGACAGUGCGGUGGUUCAAGGACGGCCAGGUGGUGGAGAAAAGCGACAAUGUCCAUUUGAUAUCUGAGGGUCCUUACAGAAGACUGACUAUCCUCAACAGCUCAGUGGAGGACAGCGGAGAGUAUGUCUGCGAAACAGACGGAGACUCUGUCUUUUUUCAGCUUGCUAUCAAGGAGCCACCGGUAAGGAUAAUUUCCCCCAGCGAAUCAGAGUUGGAACUGACCCAUUUGACCCCCGAGAGGCUGGAGCUCAGCUGUGAGAUCUCACAAGUGGAUGCCCCUGUCCGGUGGUACAGAGACAGCCUGGAGGUGGAGGAGGGUCCUAACUUGAUGCUAGAGGUGGAUGGGGCCCAACGCCGGCUGGUUAUACCCAUAACCACAGUGGACGACACAGGAGAGUAUGUAUGUGACACUGAAGAUGACUCUGUGGCCUUCCUGGUGACUAUUACAGAGCCACCCGUGAGGCUUACCCGUCCCAAAAACACACCUGACAAACUGGAAAGUUUUGCCGGCAAACCAAUUGUGCUGGAGAUCGAAGCGUCUCGACCAAAUGCUGAAGUCAAGUGGUGGCUCAAUGGCAGUGAAAUAGAGGAGAGCAGUAAUGUCACCAUCACAGAGGACGGGCUCAUCCAUCGCCUGACCAUUCACUCUCCCAGCCCAGAGGAUUCUGGGAAAUACACCUGUGACGCUGUUGAUGAUGAAAUAGAUUUCCAGGUCAAGGUUUCAGAGCCUCCAGUGAAGAUCCUAAGGAAGUCAGAGAUGAAGACAAAUCUUAAAUUCCUGAUUUCUGAUGACAUUGUGCUGGAGUGUGAGCUCUCCAGAGCCAAUGCAUUGGCCAAAUGGUACAAGGGCACCCGUCGUGUUGAGGGCGAUGAAAGGUUCUGUGAAGAGGAAGAAGGAGCUUUUCGCUCGCUGGUCAUCCUCAACGCUGAACUCGGUGACUCAGGGGAGUACUUCCUUGAUGCCGGAGAUGACAAUAUCAGCUUCCAGGUUACAGUAGAAGAGCCUCCAGUGACAAUUGUAGGCAACUCAAAUGACGCUGACUACCAGGAUAUGGUAGCAGGAGACGACCUGAUCCUAGCCUGUGAAGUGUCCCGUUCCCACGCCCCUGUCCAGUGGUACUGCAAUGACAGGCUACUUACAAAUGACUCCCGCACCUGCAUUGAGAGCUACGGCACUCUGAGAAAAAUUAUCAUCUCACAUGUCCAGCCCUCAGAUUCUGGGAAAUAUGUGUGUGAUGCUGUAGACGACAAGAUGAUCAGCACUGUGAGGAUUCAAGAGCCCCCGGUUACGUUUGUGAACAAGAAGGAUGACAUUGUCGUGACUGGUUACGAAGCCGAGAGCGUCACCUUGACGAGCUAUGUGUCCAAGGAAAACGCUCUAGUGCGUUGGCUGAAAGACUGGACAGCUCUUGAAGGCGAACGUUUUCGAGCACUCAUGGAGGGCCAUGAGCGCACCCUUACCAUCGAGCCUUUGAGGCGCUCCGAUGCUGGCGAGUACACCUGCGAUGUCAACACGGACCAGAUCCACUUCAGCUUGCUGGUGAAAGAAAUGAGAAUCAAAUUUGUGAGGCAACUCCGAGACACUGUGGCCCAUGCUGACGGUAUGGUGACCCUUCGCUGUGAGGUGUGCAAGCCAAAAGCAGACGUCCAAUGGCUGAAGAAUGGCGCGGAGGUGGUUCCAAGCAGAAGGUUCUCCAUUCGGGCAGAUGGAGUUGAGCGAAGCUUGACCAUUCACCGUUUAACCAGAGAGGAUGCUGGAGAGUACAUCUGCGAGUCCAGAGAUGACCGAACUGUGGCAACGCUGAGAGUAGAGAUGCCUCGAGUGGUGGAGUUCCUUACAGAGCUCCACAACACCACUGUACUUGAAGGAGAAGAUGCCACCUUCAAGUGUGUUGUUUCCCCCGAGGAUGUCCAGUUGGUAUGGCUCAUGGACAAUGAGGCUAUCACCCUGGGCGAUCGUUUCCAGGCAAACCAAAACGGACUGUGCCACACCUUGGUGAUCAAGAAGUGCCAGAUGUUGGACUGUUCGAAGAUUACAGCAGAGGCAGAGGGACAAAUAAGCAAAGCCAGCCUUAAAGUUCAGGAGGCUCAGGUCAUGUUUACAAAAAAAAUGGAGGCUGUCAUGGCAGAAGAGUUCGGUGACGCCACCUUGGAGACAGAGAUCAGCCUUGAGACGGGAGAGGUCCAGUGGAUGAGGCAAGGUGUGGUCAUCCAGCCAGGUCCCCGACACACGCUGGCCCAGAACGGCUGUAAACGCAGUCUGACCAUCUACAACCUGACUCUGUCGGACCGAGGAACCUAUCGCUGCGAAACUCUGCAUGACCGGACACAGGUCAAGCUCAAUGUAGAACCCCGUAAAAUCUCCAUCCAUAAAGGCUUAACUGACCAAGAAACCUUUGAACGAGAGACUGCCUCCUUCGAGGUGGAGCUCUCCCACACAGAUGUGGAGGGAAUUUGGCAGAAGGACGGCAUCCGGGUGAAACCGAAUAACCAGUGGCGGGUGAGCACCAAUGGGCGAGUCCAUGGCCUCACACUGUCCAACCUCACCCUAGAGGACACAGGCACUAUUGUCUUCUCAGCUGAAGGGGUGCGCACAACUGCCAGGCUCGAUGUCAAAGAGACUCCGGUAUCUGUCCUGAGAACGCUAGCUGAUGUCUGUGUGGAGGAGGAAUUUCCCGCCACUCUGGAGUGUGAAUUCUCCAGACAAAACAUCGACGUCAGAUGGCUUAAGAAUGGGACGGAGCUGAAGCCGGGUAAGAACUGUCGGAUCUACUCCAUGGGCCGGAAGCGGUUCUGUCAGAUCAUGCAGUGCUCCCGGGCUGACUCUGGCACCUACACAUGUGACACAGGGGAAAUCAACACUUCCUGCUCACUGGAGGUUUAUGAACAUAAGCUGGAGAUGGUGCAAGGUCUGGAGGACCUUUACAUUCAGGAGGACCAGAACGCUGUCUUCAUGUGCGAGGUUUCUUUGGAGGAUGUUACUGGGGAGUGGUACAAAGACGGCCACAAGAUCCGGCCCACUAGCACCAUCAAGAUCCGCACUGAAGGGACCAAACACUUCCUACUGAUGUGUAACGUCACAGCUGAAGAUGCUGGGGAGGUCCGCUUCGUAGCCAGGGAUGUUGAAUCUACAGCCUACCUUGAGGUAGAAGAACUCCCCGUUUCCAUUGUAAAACCCCUGCGAGAUCGUACAGCCCUAGAGAAACACCGCGUGAUCCUUGAAUGCACCGUUUCCUCGCCACGAUGCACCGCCACCUGGUACAAGGGCAAGGAGGAGCUAUUUCCCUCAGAUCGAGUGGAGAUCCUGGCCGACGGCUGCUCCCUUAAACUGGUGAUCCAGCAGGUGGCUUUGGAGGAUGAGGGCACCUACAGCAUUGAGGUUGGGGAGCACACGUCCAAAGCCAAGCUGAUGGUGGAAGCCCAAUCCCUUGUAAUGGUCAAAGAGCUGGAGGAUAAGGAGGUAACUGAGCCUGAGCCCGCAUCCUUCCAGUGUGAGGUGUCUGUCGCCAUAAACAAGCCUCCUGUUUGGACCCUGAACGGAGAGACCCUUCAGCCGGGCCCCUCAGUCCGCCUGGAAAACCAUGGGACGGUCUACAAACUGACCUUGAAAAACACCAGCGUGGACAUGAGCGGGGUGGUGAAGUUUACUAUCGGCAAGGCCAAGAGCAGUGCCACGCUCAGUGUAAUGGAAAAGUAG